UGCCUCGCCUGCCUUCGAAGUCUGCCGCCAACCCCGAAGGUGGGCAGCGUCGCCGGGAGCGUCGCCCACUCGGCCGUUCGUAGCCAUCAGGGCAAUGGAACUGUCGCCAGCCACCACAGCCAUGGAAGCCGUAGGAGCCAGACCAACACCGCCAAGUCCAGCAAGCGCUCGUCGGUCGACUCGCAGGCCACACUCACCAACAGCGCUGUCAACCACCACAAUGGCCAUGCCGACCAUCAGCACCAUGAGCACCACGAGCACCACGUUGAGCACCACCAGAAGCCGAUGAGCCCGGCUUUUGAAGAGCCCGUUGUCACCGAGUACAAGGUCCGCGCCGAGACCCACGUGCUGACCGAUCUGGUUCCGCUGUCGCAGCGCCGUCAAUUCUUCGAGUCCACCGAUACGGAAAUCAAGCGCAACUUCUCGAUCAACCGCAAGAACGUCAAGCACGACCAUUCGCCACCGAUGGUCAAUUUGCUCGCU